CCGUAUCAUUCCUUUAGCGUAAAGCUGCGCGACGUGAAAAUAGUUCCUGUCGGACGAUCGAAGUAUCUGAGUAAGGACGGUGAUAGGAAAGGAAAGAAAACUUGAACACGGGGUGCGCGGCGCCAAGCUUUAGUCGCGCGCGUCAGAGAGAGAGGGAGAGAGAGAGAGAGAAGGAAAGAAAAUAAGAAGAGGAGGGACGAGCCAGCUUCGGAUUGGUCCGAAGUAAGGGUCCUCGAUAUCAGGGUAGCGCGAAGCGCGCGAAUCGCCCCGAGCGCGGGCCAUCGAACUUCUUGAGAGAGAAGGGAGUCUAUACAUGUGUGUAUGCGUGUAUGAGAGAGAGAGAGAGAGAGAGAGACUAGAUUUUCGAAGGGUGACGUAAUCGUCCCGAGUCUCACGCACGCUCGUCAAUGCGUCGCUUCGUCGCUUUGAGUUGGUGCGGCUUUCGUACGGGAAGGUGUGCCGUUUUCGAUACACGAUUUCGUGUCCUUGACAUAUCGCGAGGCCAAGUGUAAAAGAGUUUUCUUCGUGUGGUCGCAGCAUGUUUCUGGCGGUGUGCUUUGGUAAAACGGUACUACGCGGUGCGACAUGUCGGAAUGAGAGAGCAAAGCGUUACGUACAUUCAACGAUGCGAUCACGGUAAGCACACUGUGUGUCGAUAACUACGAUAGCGUGCGUGCUACUACCGGUGUGUUACUUUUCCGAUAUAUUCGUGGGUGUUGGAAAGAAUUUCAAAGUAUUUUACGUUUUCAACGAUCGUCGAUUCACGCGAUCGUUCAUCGUGAAUUAAAUUCGAUAAAAGACGAACCGAAGACGAAUAGAAAAGAGGUGUGGCAAGAAGAAAGAAAGAAAGAAAGAAGAAAAGAAAGAAAGAAAGAAAAAAAAGGAAGAGAGAAAGAAAAGAAAAGUCAAGACAGUGCGGUAGGAUAGAACAGGAGUGGAAAAAAAGUGAAACAGUUUGAAGGAGGGAGAAAGUACGAUAGUCGAGAAAGCCGGCGAGAAGACAUCCGAGAUAGAGGGCGCUCGACGGGCCCGGCGUCUACGGACGGCCCUGAAACCGGCGGCGGCGGAGUGAUUCGCGACGCGUCGUGGGGGCCCUCAGCUGUUUCCCGCCAAAGAUCGCCAUUACAAAACGCGUUCGGCCGUUGUGUGUGAGAGGAUCGCGCGCGCCGUAGUGACUGGUUCAAUGGUGGAAUAUCUCAGUGCAUUGCCACUAUAGUCGUGACGAGUCCGCUCGUUUUAUCGUCGACGUCUGGACAUCGUCUUCGUCGUGUCGGUUGGGGUUCGUUUCUAACGAGCGAGGUCUUGUAAAAGAAGGUGAGAGAAAGAAAGAGAGAAAGGGGGUAAAGAAAGAGACAGACAGAGAGAGAGAGAGAGAGAGAGAGAGAGAGAGAGGAGAGGGAGGGAGGGAUAGGGACAGAGAGAGUUCUCGUCUGUCGCGUAUCACGCGUAGACAUAAGCGCGUAACAAUUCGCCGUCGUGUCAAGGAGAGCGUGCGCGCGCGCGCGCGUUCUCUCUUUCCGGGCCGUAGUGGAGUGUGUCGUCGUGCGAGAGGUGGAAGAAGAAGAAGAAGAAGAAAAGGAGGAGGAGGAGGAGGAGGAAGAAGAAGAAGAGGAGGCGGCGGCAGCAGCGGUGGAGGAGGAGGAGGCGGAAGCGACGUUUUCUCGCGUCUACCGCGACAACGGCGGCUGCUGCUGGGAGCUGGUGGAGUCGCGGGCCGGGAUUCUCGGUGCGCUGCAAGAUAUGUCAGUGUUCACUGCCGACGAUCGGAUUUUGCUCGAGGAAAUCGUCGAGGCGAGCACCGAGGAACACGAGGCUGAACUCUGUGGUAGUAUCGAGAAAGUGGAGGAGAGCUCGGUGACGAGCGUGGCGGCCGUUGAGGCCGCGGAUACUCAACAACAGCAGCAACAACAACAAUCAAAGAGUAACACAGUAACAGCUCGUCGUGUAGGUGGCCAAAACGUUGCUUCGGGUAAUACCGGUGCUAGCGGUGGUAAUAACGUUGGACGUGUCACACCGCGUAGCCACAUGGAGCAGGAAAAGCGGAUGCGGCGAGAAAUCGCCAACAGCAACGAGCGACGUCGUAUGCAGAGUAUCAACGCUGGUUUCCAGUCUCUUAGGACAUUGCUACCACAUCACGAGGGCGAGAAACUUUCCAAGGCUGCGAUACUUCAACAGACUGCCGAAUACAUUUAUCAGUUAGAACAAGAGAAAACACAGUUGUUGUCACAGAAUUGUCAAUUGAAACGACUGGUGAAUCAACACGAAGGUGGUGAUUUACCUAUCAAGAAACGCAAGCCUGAUAAUCAAGGCGUUGUUGUAAGUUUACCGGUGCAUGUAAGCGAGAGUGGCGACGAAGGAUUGGGUAGUAUGUCCCCGGAGCCUCUUUCUGUAAUCACGGUGACAACAGAGAGCCAUUCCGUGGUAAGCAGCGAGGUCGUGGAGCUUAGACGACAGUUGGAGAGAGAACGUCACGCAAGACUGCAUUUGGAAAAGCAGAUGAGAGUCAUUCAGAGUCAGCUGUAUCCGGAAAGAUUCCGGGAUAAUCAGCUGAUUGCGUAUCAGCCUCACGAGGUAAUUGAACAUACGGACAAUGUCAUGAGCCAAGAAACUGAGGAAGCAGUUGCCGCGUUGCAAGUGGUAUCGGUUAUGUCAAUACCUGCGGUAGGCUCGACUCAAACAGUGGAAACUUCGAGUCCCGAACCAAGUUCACCACCGUUGUCUCCUCAGCCUGGUGAUUUGGUACCAGCUGAGGAUUUAAAGGAAGAAGAAUCCAGACCGAGUAGCCCGAAAAUCGUAGCUUUUGCUCAGAAUUCUGUUUUCGCGAGUCUCGAAGAGCAAACUACUGCUGAUUCCUUUUCUUCAUCGAGUCGCGUAACUUAUGGCUCAUCGAAUACCGAUUUUAAAAAUUCUUCGCCGCAAUAUAUCACGACCAGUCCUAGCAGACCUUUCUCACCUCCUGCUGAACCACAACGAUUGCCCAGCGUUCUAGAGGCUGCAAUGAAGGCAGAACCUAAGGUCGAAGUUGAAAGAUUACCGUCACCGUCGAAUUCAUUGGACGAUGGCACGCCACAAGCGAGGCUCUAUCUCGCGAAUACAUCCAGACAGAAUCUGGAAACGAUCGUCGAGGCAAUCCGCCAUCUUGAAGGUGAUCAUCUUUUUAGCGACGAGCCAUUGGCAUUGACGAACGAGCCAUUGGCAUUGACCAACAAGUCUACCAUGAAAAAUCCAUCGAACGUUAAGUGUUCGUCUACGAACUCGAAUUCGACCUCGAAGCAACGGCUUCUUCACGCUACCGACGUGAACAACUUCCUCCAGUUCCAAGUCCAACAACAGGCUCAACAACGGCCUGGCGUUAUUGUCGUGAAGCACUCGUGAUCCACCCUACUUGCGCGUUCCACCGUGCACUGAAUGAAACUGAUACACGUUCCAUCAUCAUCCCCCAUUAAACGGGAUGAAUUUAUUAUCCUUCGAACGCGACGCGAGCCUAUCCUCGAAGAGGGACCUUUUUCCUUUUCUUCCUCACGUUUUAAUAAGGACACGUGCUUCGUCACGAUUGAACUUUAUAAUUAUUAA